AUGGUAGAGAUCCUCGGCCCUCUCCCUGCUCGCCCACCAACUCCUCCUAGGCCGGGUUCCCGACUCGAUCAGAACGACCCUCAAUCCCCGCAUCCUCUCCAGACCCCGGGAGCUUCGUCGCAGACGGCGGAUGCUUCCAGGGCACCUCCUUCAAGUCACGGCUCGAAACGUGUGAACUUUUCGCCAUGGCUGUAUACCGUCAUUGGGUCGCCCAAAUCCCAAUCGGCCAGCAUACCCAACGAAGCGAAGCCCACGACGAACACAGCAUUCGACAGUCCCCAGGGCAGUGAAGGCAGACCAUUCAAGUCGAUUCUCAAGGAGACAAGUUCUCCAAUUCCGGUGUGGUCCCCAAACGUCAAUAAAUUUACCGAUGAAUCACUCGACAUGCUGCUGGAGUCCGUGGUGCAACAAUUGGCUGGAGAGUCCAUCUCUUCGCGCCUCGAUGCAUAUAUCAACUUCUUUGGCGCUUUACGGACAUAUGAUGGAUUACUGGGUGGGAAAGAAAUCGGGGACAAACUAGGCUUGAUCACUGAUUUCAUUCAACGCGACGUGACUCGCGACUUGGUAAACGGGACACCUAUGGAUACAAGUCUUGCAAAUCAAGCCUUGAAGCUAUCCGCUGCUUUCAUAUGGCAAUCGGAAAUUUCAACGCAGCUGUCCGAGGAGUUUAAAGUCUUUCUGGUGGAGCACGCGAUCACCUCUCUUCAAGAAUCCAAGGGUGCCAAGUCCGUUCUAACGCACUAUCUGUCGAUUCUCUCCACGCAGAAUUUCAGCCCCAAGAUCAUAACUACCUCCCGAACAACCCGCCUUCUUACAGCGCUGCAAGACCUUUCUAAACACGUCACCGGCAAAGCGAUCUCAUUCCAUCGAUUAUCCAUCUAUCAGCGACUCCUCUCCCAAUCCAAGUCAACAUUCCUUUCAAAUUCGUCAUUAUGGAUGGAACACCUUGUCUUUGGUUUGCUUCAUCCUCACAAGGAUACCCGGACAAAAGCCAUCUCUCUUGGGUUUCAAAUAUCUGUCGCCGCGGGCCCAACGCAUGCGCUGUCGAACAGCAUCCGGCUGCUCUUUGAGCGACCAUUAGAGGGCGAUCGAAAGCUGGUAACCGAAAUACAAGAGCGGAUGUCGCGAAUGGUAGCAUCCCAUGACACAGGCAUACAUGUGCCGCAGAUUUGGAGCAUCGUAAUACUGCUUUUGAGAAGCAAAAAGUGGAAUCUCGACCAGUGGGAGCAUUUCAAAGAAUGGGUGCUUGUCCUUCAAAAGUGUUUCAACUGCAGCGAACCUGCUAUCAAAGCGCAGGCCAUUGUAGGCUGGAAUCGGUUCAUCUAUGCUGUGAGCCCUAAUGAAACCACCAGUCGAUCGCUUCUCAAGAUGCUAGGCAAACCAGUGUUCUCGCAAUUUGAUCGAAAGAAGUCCGAUAAAUCAGUGUUGCCGCCCUCCCAACUUGCAUUGAGCAGCUAUUACCACUUGCUUUAUUACGCCUUCCGUCCAUCGCUCCCUCAUUAUCAUCUUGAUAUCAUCUGGGAGGAGUACGUCGCAGCUCCGUCCGCUACUACCUUCUCCGCUUUCCCAGCCCUGAGUGAUAGUGCGGCCCUUGUGUUGGCGAACUUGCUGUGGUGCCCUCAAGCGAAAGUAUGGACCGAGAGUCGAAUCACCGACACUACCAAGAUGGAAGUUGAGGAGCUGCCAUCGGUUGAUUCCCGAUGGGUUCGUUCGAAAAUCUCAUCGGUCCUGGCAGUUUUCGAGUUCCUUUUGAAAUCUUCGGUCUGGAAUGAAGAAGCAAUUGAGAAAUCGAAUAUCGCCCUCGCCUGGAACAGCCUGGCCAGUGCACUUUCUCUUGCCUCCAGCAAAGAAAUCACCCCCUCGGGCGAGUCUAUGCAGGCCGUGGCCAGCGUUCUUGGUUUGCUGCAUCGUCUGUGGGCUACAGGAACCUCUUCCUUGAAUGCCACUGGAGUCCAUGCCGAGGACGCUUUCUUUCAAAGAUUCCAGUUCUUGUCAACGACCAUGAUUCUUUCUCUCGGAGGUAUCCCUUUCACCGAGAAGCUCAUGCUGAAAAUUGGUGAUGGAGCGUUCCAGACCUCUAAUACCCCAACACAUCGUCCUUCUACUUCGGGUACCAACCUGGAUAGCCCUAUUUUACAUCUUUUGCGCACAAUCAGCAAAAGUACUGUGAUCUCAUCGCCAACUCGCUCAUACGUCCGACUCAUGGAUGGAUUGAUCACAGCAGCUUGUAAUGGAAGGAUAUCCCGCGGCUCCCGUCUCGAGCUUCUCAAUCAGUGUGUCGAAUUGAGCGUUACCGAAUUGAGGUCCCCCUCUAGUUUGCCGUCACUGUUGGAAGUUGUUUGGAAAGGGACAGCAGGAGCAGCAGCAGACGCAUUGCAAUCAUUCCCCAUCGAGUCUACACGAGAGCGGGAUGGAUCAGUUUCACGGGACUACGAGAUCAUCACUAAGAUCCUCGUGGCUGGCGUUUCAUUCACGGGUGCAUCCCAAGAGUGGUCACGACUGCUUGACGCGUACAUGCGCGUGGUGAGAACAGAAAAAGGAGAUCGGGUCCUUACUGGUUUGGUUGUAGAGCCCAUUUCAGGAAUUCUGUCUUCAAUCUCAGUCCAUGACACCUAUCUGCCUACAAACGCACUACUUAGCCAUUGCCUUUCUAUCCCAUUUGCGUGGGAGACCGAACUGGGAAUCGACAACCUCGCUGCUCAACAAGUCUCCUCUCCAGCAUUCCCGCACAAGCUCCUGGGCACUGUCGGGCGGACUUUGGAUUUAGGCUACGACGGCUUCGACGCCUCCCACUCACCUCACCUUUCUGCCUUUAUCGAAUCGUUGACUUCCUUCCUGGGCUCUGGCACCACGUCUUUUCGCGCCCAGGCACUUGAGACUCUCCAGGCAGCACUUGCACCGUGGAUCCAAGACACCGAAGGCAAGAUUGAUGUUACACGCGGGGUGGACAGUCGGGCUAUGACUGCGUGCCGCGCGCUUUCAUCUGCUAUUCUCAACAUUUUGCAAACCGCUGUUGUUGACGAGGUGACGUCGUUGCAAAAAUUCGAGACCAUUAUCUGCGCUGGCUUGGAAUCGCCUGAUCUCUCACGGACUCAGCAAUUCGUCGAAUUCUGGAAGUCAACCAAGACAGCUUCGAAUACUCAAAGUCCCUUCACCCGAAUGGGUCAAGCAUUUUCAACUGCGACAGCCAGGCUUUCUGCCCCGGUCCAGCCGCCGCAAACUGCAGUUCAGGAGACCAAGUUGGUAUCAGCAAGCUCGCUUAAGCUAGCCAACCAACGAGGGAACAAGCAAAUUGCCGGAGAGUCUACCGACAAUGGCAGCACCAACUUCCACUCAUCGCCUGUCAUAGGGACGAACGACCCGGCUCUGCCGGACCCUGCAGAGCUUGGUGAACCUCAAUUGCCUACCAAUCUGGGGGCAAUAGCACCUGAAAUGCCAGCCGCAUUCCAGAAGAGCCGACGCGAAAUGUUCCGAAUGAUUGAAUCCAUCAGGUCCUCCUCGCCGGCGAAUACUCCUGGUAAACUAGGCUUCGACACACCUAUUCACCUACGCAGACUGCAUGCUCAGUCUGGCAUUCCCUUGACUCCCACCUUGGCGGCAGCUGAACAUGAGGAUGGGUUCAUCGGGUCAUCUCCUACACCGGCCACUAGAGAUCCCACACCGGCCAUGAAUUUGGAGGCUCCGGGAGGAAAGUUUCAAGAUAUCACAAUGGAGGAUGCGACUGAUCCGCCUUCUUCGCCUCCUGAAUUCACUUCUCGGAGCCCAAGUCCCAAGAAAAUGUCCAGCUCUUCUCGACGGGCCAGACGAAGGAAGCUUCUUCAAUCGAGUGUUGCCGAAGAGGCCAAGAAGAAGGCAUCCACGCCUCAGGUGGAUGAACGGCCGCCUAGUCGGCGCACUCGAUCAGCGCUGACCCAGAACACUGCAAAUUAUCAGAAUGCUGAGGCCGUUCCUGCUUCGACUACCGCAUCCAAUACGCCCGCGAAGCCAACGGACAAGUUAGCAGCUCCUCAAAGCGCAAAGUCAAAAUCGUCGUCUAAGAAGCGAAAGAGAAAGGGAGCGUCGAAGCCAGCAGAUGAAGCAAGCCAACAGGCUGCUCAAGUACCUUCGACCCCCGUCGCUCUCGAGUACUUUGUCGACUCCUCGAGUGAGGAGUUGGAGUCACAAAUCGCCUCUCAGCUCGAACAGGAUCUGGUACUAGCUGCUGACAUGGUUAGCAAGGGUCAUUCGCAACCUGCCUCUGCUGCUGAGGCCCCGGAGCCAGCCACGAAGAAGAGAAAGCGUGAAGAAGACAACGUUCUGUCUGCUUCUCAGGAUAGGCGGCGGUCAACUCGUCUCUCAUCCGCAAAGGAUCUGGGCGUCAUCGAUGUUGAUGAGGUACAAUCUACACAGUCUCAGGAUGCGACGAUCUCCCAACGUUCCCGGCUUGCCUCUGCCUCCAGCCUGUCGCCUACGGUUACUCGACGAUCGACUCGCAGCUCCCAAAAGAAAGAGGACGAGCUUGUCAUCGCCGACUCGCUCCCUGAAACUCAGAUCCCGGAAACCAUUCAAGAAGAGCCAGUCAAAGAUCCAGAGCCCUCUCAGCGACCAACCAAGCGGUCGCGCAAGUCUUUGCGACUCGAGGAUCAGCCAGCUCCUACCGUGGAAGAGCAGAGCUCGACUCGUGCCAAAUCUUCGCGGACCUCCCGCUCUCGCAAGUCCCGUUCAUCCCACAAUGAAACACAGUCCCAGUCUCUGCCUUCCCAAGAACAACAAGUGGCAUUGCCGACAGAAGCCACCGAUUCUGAGCUCCUGCCUGCUUCAAACGAUAAUCAGGAUGCUGUUCCAGAAAGUAUUGUCGUUCAGAAGCCGGUCGAGUCCAAGUCGCAUAUUCCCCUUGUCUCCACAGAGGAGGCAACUGACACCCAAAUGACUGACGUGGACCCCUCCACCGCAUCCGUGCCUGAAGACACCAGUAUACAACGAAACCUGGAUGUGAACAUAGUUCCAAACCAACCAUUGACAAGCGUGGCUGGUCCAGUCCUGACCCUUGCCACCGCCGAAGUUCAGACGGAACCAGUGCCUCCCAGCGUUGAACCUGACAUCAGCGAGGCAGGUAUCGCUCAAUCUUUGAAAAAACUGCUGGCCAACAUGAAGUCCGCCAAACUGGGGCCAACCGCCCUGCGUGAAGUCGACGACCUUCUUUUCAAUAUCCGCGUCGAAGCGCAUGAUGCUUCUCGGCGACACAACGAUUCGGCAUAG